AUGGACGCCGGGGAGCAGCCGCCGCUCCGACCGGGGGCAAUUGGGCCAAAUCAUGCCCGAAAUAGGAAAAAAGAAGCCAAGAAGCGAAAGAGAGAGGAGGCGGAGGCGGGGGAGAAGGAGGGUGCCCUUGAGGCACAGAUCCCAGCUCGUCGACACGAGCUGCAGGCAGAUAUUCUUCUGCCUUUGCUCCAGUGUCAGGUCGACGCUGCAAUUGCCCCCGUCAAUGUCCCCAGCCGAUCAUCCUCCUUGUUUUGCCAACGUGGUGUUCGUUUCCGAAGGACGAUCUCUCUGCCUAUGAUACUUGGGUGCUUCCCCGUACCGCUCGUGCUGUUCCUGAAGUCCGACGUGCCCCGUCAUCGCUGGGACGACCUUACUAUCAAAGCAUCGAAACGUGCCCGACUCAUGGAUCAUGAGGAAUCGGUGGCCGCGUGGCACGGUGCUAUGCAUAACUUUCGGGCUACUUGUGAGCAUGCUAUUUCGGAGGCUAAACUCCCUAACGGCUUUGUUCAGUCGCUUGGUAUCCUGUGA